UGCUUCAGAUGGACACUGAGGAUAUUAUUAAUUCUGAGGCCGACCUUCAAAUUCAUCUAGUGUAGGGGAGGUCGACCUUCAAAUUCAUCUAGUGUAGGGAUUACUAAACUACCUUUCUACGGAAAGAAGAAUAUAUUGAACGAUGGCAGACGAUACGCUAUGCUAGAUCAUAAGUAUACACACAUUGGAGAAAACAACGAAAAGAGCAAUUAGGACAUACUAUUAGACUGCUAGCAGGAGAGAAAUCAAUUGAGACCAGGCUGAUCUCGUCAUGGACGACUCCAAAGAGAGCUUGAGAAAGGAGUUUCUGCUAGAUGUGGACGGAUCAGGCGAUGAGGGAGCCUGUCAUCCGAAAAUACGAGUACGAGAUCUGCGAAGAAAAACAGAGGAAGGAGCUUCCAUUCUGUCAGGAGUGUCGGUGGACAUAUGGAAGGGGAGCGUGGUGGGCAUAAUAGGACCCAGCGGCAGUGGAAAGUCCACGUUUUUGAGGUCUCUCAACCGCCUGUGGGAGGCCCCGCCGGAUUCCGUUUUCCUCGACGGAAAGGACAUAACAAAACUCAACGUACUCUCUCUCCGUCGGCGGGUCGGCAUGCUCUUCCAGACACCAGCCCUGUUUGAUGGAACCGUGGCAGACAAUAUACGAUAUGGUCCAAGCUUACAGGGCAAGAAACUGAAAGACCAAGAUGUGGUAGACUUUUUGAAUUUGGCGGACCUGGACGCCUCCUUCGCCGCCAAAUCUGGCAGCGCCCUCUCCGUUGGACAGGCACAGCGUGUGGCCCUGGCCAGAACCCUGGCCAAUGAACCAGAGGUUUUAUUGCUAGACGAGCCGACAAGUGCUCUGGAUCCCAUCUCAACGCAGCACAUCGAGGAUUCUAUCGUGAAGCUGAGAACCGUCAAGGAGAUGACUAUCGUUAUGGUUUCCCAUAGCGUGAAACAGAUUCAGAGAAUAGCAGAUGUAGUUUGUCUGCUAGUUGAUGGGCAGAUUGUGGAGGUUUUGAAGCCUGAUGAGCUUUCCAGUGCUAACCAUCCGAUGGCUCGCAGAUUUCUGGAAUUGAGCGCCUGACCUCCCCCGGGUAUAUCGCCAAGCCCGAAUCACCGUAUAUAAUAAUAAUGGCGACUUUUUAACUUUUGUCUCAGCAGUAUUUUGUCCGCAAACGCAAGUGGAUCCUGUCGUUUCAUAUGUAUUUUAUAAAGUAAAUUUUGUUUGUAAGCGAUUGCUUCACAUGCCUGAUAAGAUUCUGAAUUGCACAGAACUAAAGCAAUGGUAAAAUGGUUUUGAAACAUUCUUAAAAGCUCAAACUUAAAGUGUUUCAUAAGAUAACUCGAUUCUUGA